UCUCUCUCUCUCUCUCUCUCAACUAUCGAAAUUUCCCUUUCUCUCUCUAGGGUUUUCGGAACUUCGCACUCAAAUUCUGCUCAAUCAUCUUCGAAUCUCAUCUUACAGCUUUGAUCUGCGUCUUCCUAUAUAAAUGCUCUCUCUACCGCUACAGUUUCGUCGACCGGCCGUGAAGAAUCGCCGUCUAGUUAAUCCGUCGUGGUUCCGAUUGGUCAGUUGGCUGAGCUAAAGCUAUAAACCGUAGCUUACCAAAAGUCUUGUAAUGGACGAGGAGCAUCAUCAGAAGAAUGAUUCUAGUAUCAUUUUGAGGACUUCAGUCCCAUUCAUUGAGAUUGACUCUUUAUUUAUAGAUCUUUCCAGUUGUAUUGAUAAACCCGAUGCUGGAAACUCCGAUUAUUUCUCCAUACGUGGAUAUGCAUCUCAAAUGCGUGAAAAAGAUUGGAAAAAAUGCUGGCCAUUUGAUUUAGAUGGUGACUAUGAGCCUACAGAGACAAUGUCCUUUCUUCCACCUUUUUGUGUUCCGCAGUUCAGGUGGCAGCGAUGUCAAAAUUGCAGGAAGGAAACUCCUGCAGGAUUUGAGCAAUCUUUGAAUCUAGCUAUGCCUGAUGCAAAAGACUUGGUGGCUAAUGCAUCUACAAACGUGUGCAACCUCAACCAUCCUCCAUCUUUCAUUACUGAGAAAGAAAAGAAAGCUGAAGGUUAUGAGGUUGACUCUAGAUGGAUCUUGAAUCCAGAAAUUCCCAUACCAAUCAGUAUCGUUCCUGAAGUAGAGUCAAGCCUUAUGUUAGAACAAAACAGAAGUGAUCCAGUAACUCUUAAUCCAGAUCAUAGAGAAUCCGUUGAAAACUGCAACCUACUCUGUGGAAAUGAAAUUGCUGAGGUUGAGCUUGGUAUUCGAAAUCUCAAAGUGAUUGAUGAAAAUCCUGAAGUCUUUGAUGAUGAAAAAAAAUUGUGUGCACAUAAUGAACAAACUGAGAUAGCUCUUUCGUCAUCAGGAGAAAAAGCAAUUAAUCGGUCAUGUAAUAGUGAGAGGGAUCCUGCAAAUGGAUAUCCUGCAGAACUUGAUGAGAGUGAUGCCACAUCAUCUGAGCAUACUGAAAUUUCAGUAGAAAAUGAUACGAAAGAUCAUCGAAUGCACAAGUCAGGCAGUUUGCACCGUCGAAAGGCUCGUAAGGUGCGCCUGCUGACUGAGUUGCUGAAUGAAAAUGAAAAUAUUAAGACCAAUCCCAUUUCUACAGGAGAGUCCUCAUCCCAUGGGAUUUCAGAAAAUUCUGAAGGGUUAAAAGAGCUUUCUGUUUCCCACUGUCCAGUGGCUGCCAAAAAGAAUAUCAGGUGGUCAGGUCAGAAUUUGAAAAGUGUGCCUCUGAAUGAAGAUUGCCUUGCUGCAGAAACUUCCUCUUCAUACAACGUGGAUAACAAGAUUCAGGCAUUGAAGGGAGAUGUGGAAACAACAGAUUCUUUUCGUGCUAAUGAAUCUGAAAAUGCAUUAAUUGGAACUGCUCUACGAACUAAGAAAAGUUUCUUGAACAAGUGUUGGAAUGAUGUGAAAUCAAUUCAUGGUAAGAAGAAGAACAAAAAGAUCCAACUUGAAGCAUGCCCUCUUAAUAUCCCAUCAGGAAGUGGUGGCAACAUGUCUGACAUUUCUCUUAAACACAACGAGUUUUCUGGCAGUGCAAUGGAUCCUUUUCUUUUAUUUGGUUCAAGAAUUGAGCCAAUUUCUAGUCUGUCUAAGAGGAACAGCAAGAUGCCUAUAAUUGAUGACAGGCGGGGUUUUACUUGGAGCAAUAGCAUGCCAAGAAGAGAUUCAGCCUCAAAAGAAGGGGAACUCAGGAACAAAGAAGGGGAACUCAGGAACAAUGUUCCUACGGUUGUUUCUUGUCCAUCAGUGCCGGAUGAACCUAGUGGAGGUUUGCAUCUUUCCCUCACUAGCAAUUUAGCCACUGCAAGAAAUGACAAAAAGUCUAUUUUCAAGACUGAGGAUGGCUUGCAUUCGUUGUUGUCUUGGCAAGGAAGUACAUCCACAGCAAGCGUUGCUAGGAACAAAGAUGCCAAAGCCAAGAAACUUAAAGACUCAAAUGUUGCUUUUAAUUAUUCAGAUAAUUUUUCUGGGCGAGGGCAUUGUGGAGUCAAUGGUAAAAUAACCACCGGCAGAAUGCAUACCCCAAACGGGAAGCAAAAGUCAAAGUCUCAAGUUAAUGAUGGUAGCUGGUCUCAUUUGCAGGCAAUGGAUAAUUCCAGGGUGGACAGAGUUGAAAAGAGUAUUACAAUUCAGCAGCACUUGGCAGCUCAGAUGAAACAGAGUGAGAAUACGGUUGGUAAGAUAUCUGAGCAAAGAUCUUUAGAUGACAUUCCAAUGGAAAUUGUUGAGCUCAUGGCAAAAAAUCAGUAUGAAAGGUGCCUCGAUAAUUCUGGAAAUAGUAAAUCCCUAUCAAAGACAAGUUCAAAGAAAGCUCAAAUCAUGAAUUUCAGUAAUGCAUGUGGCAAAAGUGGCUCGUUGCAGGAGAAAAUCAGUCACAACUGGAAAUCCCAGGUUAGGAAUCUGAGAAAUAACUUGCAGACGGCAGGAGAUAGUGUGGUAUACGGCAAACAAAGUUCAGGUAAUUACUUUUCUCACACUGAGGCGGAACAUUUGAACAUAGACCACCUACGUCAGACUCUUAUCCUUCCAGAAUAUCCUACAUUUAGACAUUCUGAAAGUAAGUCAUCAAAUGCUGUCAAAAUUUUGGCAAGAAGUAAUUGUGAGAAUGCAUGUUCUCAAUAUAGCCAAUACACUGGGGGUCUGAGAGAUCAGGAUUCCUCUCAUUCCAGGGUGCAAUAUUUCAGGGGGAAUAACACACGCCAUCCUGUUUCACAAAACAAUGUAGACGUCGCACAUCUAUGGACAGAAGCCCUGCCAAAUCAUCAUUCAUAUGUACCUACCACUCCUAGAAAGGUUGCAUCUCAGUUGACCAGUGUAAAUGCUAGUAAAAACUGUCCUGAAUCAAGUAGAAAAGGGGCUAUGAAUCGAGACCAUAAUCCAAAAGUUACCAAUCUUGAAAAAGAUGAUGGUAUUUAUGGUUUGGAAAAUUUCAGCAGGACCAGUGCAAAGUACCCAUUUCCUUCCCAUUCUAAUGGUAUUGAGCUUCCCCGAAACCAGAGGGGGCCAUUGGAUUUGUAUUCUAAUGAAACCAUGUCAGCUAUGCAUUUACUCAGCCUUAUGGAUGCAGGAAUGCAGCGCAGUGAAACGCAUGAUAACCCAAAAUUUCCCAACAAACCUUUUUCCCAUGAGCCAAAAGCUAAGGAUAUUUCUGGGAUGGAUAAUGGUUUGCACAAGUCCUUUGAUACCAUAAAUUAUUUGUCUGAUUAUUAUGGUGAAAUCCACCCACAAAAGAAGUCCCACGAUUGUUUCCAUCGUGCUUCAAUGGGAGGUGUAUCAGUUUCUCCUUCCAUAGGAAAUGAAAGUUGUGAAAUAGUUGCUGAUUUAACAGGUAAAGUUGCAUUACAACGUAAACAAAAAGAGAUAACCAAGUGUUCCACUUCAACAUGGAACAGAGCUCCAAAAUCACAGAAGGGUGUACUUACAAGUGGUAGUCUAGGCUCCAAUGAAGGAGUAUUUCCCAUUCAUAGCUUGCAAAAGAAAUCUGGCGGUCCUUCUAGUUCUUUGGUGUCUAUGAGUGGAUAUCAUAGAGUGGAAAAUCCUGGACAAUGUAUAAUAGAGCGCCAUGGUACUAAAAGAAUGUUGGAGCAUUCAAAAGUUGGUUCUGAGUUUGGAAUCUGCAGCAUUAAUAAAAAUCCUGCUGAGUUCAGCAUACCAGAGGCGGGAAAUGUAUACAUGAUAGGGGCUGAAGAUCUACAGUUUUCAAAAAGGAUAUCUAAAAAGACGCCUGACUUGAAUAACAUGGAUGGGCGCAAACGCAAGAGGAAUAUGAAGCAUGCUGUUGUAAGAUCAUCUUCAUGAAAAACAAGCUGCUGGGUUUCAACUUUUGAAUGGUUCCUUUCCAUUAUUUGGGAACUUUUAAAUGUCUUGCCGGUUAGAUUAUGAACUUGCCAUUGCACCCAAGGGUCAUAUCUAUGGUUUGGUAGCUUCCUACGCUAUUGUGUUCACCCUCGUUCUGGCACUCUUCAACAAAGAAUGGCUGCAGAUAUGGCAUGUUCGGAAUGAGGCAAGGCCUGUACAUAAUAAGACUACAUGAAUCUUGAGGUUCAUCAGUACACUUAUUGUAUAUGCAACAAUUUUGGCUUGAUGUGUAUGUUGUACGUUGUUAUACUUAUUUACAAGGUUAUGUAUAUACACUGAGUCCUACUCUUCGGUUUUUGAACGAAGGUAAGCUAAGUCGGUUUUUUGCACUGAUGAGGGUCAGCAGUGUGAGAAGGAAUAACAGAGAAUUAGCUAGCUAUUUCUCCUUAGAAUGACGCUCAUUGUUGGAUUGUUCGUGUUGGGAAUACUAAUAUUUGUAGUUUUUGUAUGAACUAUAUAUUUGUACUGUGAUGUUGCUGGAGUGAGCUUGAAAUAAGAAAAAAAAAAAACGUCUG